AAGAGGACGGGAUGAAAAUAACCGUAAUGCGUCGUUUUAUGGAAAAGAUGAAGAUCCCAUUCAAUCCAAAGUAUCUGCGACUUGGAGCAAAGUCAUCUCAGGAGACACAGUGUGGACCGAGAGGACGUGGGUUCGAUUAUUCGAUGAUCAUUUCUGUAGGGCUGGGAGAGUGUGGCACUGAGUCGACUUUUCGAGGCCAGUGGCUUGUGUACUCCAACCACCUGUUGCUGUUCCCCACUGUGGCUCUGACGUCCUCUGGGAGUGUUAUUAUUAGAGGAGCCACAGUUGUUAUACCUGUUGAAUGUCAUUUCUUGAGGGAGCAGACAGUUUCUGCAGAACCGUUAAGUCCAACAUGGCUACCUAUGACAUCCACCAUCAGUGUAUUUGGCCUUCUGGACUUUUCCAUUCACACAAUGGAAGAUGACUGUACCGCUCUACGUAGUUCCUCAGUGUACCAGCAGGGGGAGGCAGUGUUUUUGGAGGCCAGAGUGGAGGCCCCUUUGCACCCUCCACUAACUGUAUAUGUGGAUUACUGUGUUGCCAUAUUGAAGCUUGAUCCACUCUCAGGGCCGAGCUAUAGGUUCAUCAACAGUUAUGGAUGUCUCAUGGACAGCAUGUUACCAGGGUCCACUUCUAAAUUCCUCCCAAGGCAGCAGGAUAACAAGUUAUGCUUCAGUUUUCACGCCUCGCUUUUUGAGCAGAAGUCUGCGGGGCAGAUGUUCAUUAGCUGCCACCUCAGGGCAACUCCGAAAGAAAAAUCCCAGAGCAGCAUUAAUAAAGCCUGCUUCUUCCACCGGCCCACAUUCAGCUGGCAUGACCUGGAUGGGAAUGAUUCUCUGUGUGAAUGCUGUGACUCUGGAGACUGUGGCUACAGUGUGCAGGUCACUCGACCACAUUCAGGAACGGAACACGAGGGUGACGCCACAGUCGGGCCACUUCACACACUGGGAGUAUACUGACCAGGUCACUUAACAAGUCCAACACCAAGGACUGAUGUGAACUAGACCAAGGGAGUUCACCAUAUUGAUUCUUCUAGUGACCAUUCAUGAGUGCAGAGUUUUAAAUAAUUCAUGUAUAUAUUUACAGUUUAAGCCAUGGAGCACAUGCUGUGAAGGAAAUUUUCACAGCUGCCAUUAAGUUAAGUUAAAAAAGCAUGGAUUUGCCAAAGAGUGUGGCAGUAACUGAGUGUCACACUUCCACAUUAAAUAAAAUUCAGCUAUUGGUGUUUUCUAUGUAGCUCCCGUGUUUUUUAUUAUUUCCUUCCCGAUGCUUGCCUGUACCGUCAGAAUACAAAACCACGUCAUGAGAAGUUUUGUGUUUCUGAUUAGUCCAAACUGAGCAGAGUUUUACUGUAGCCAUGACAUAUUUGGAAUAUGUGAAUAUGAACGAUCAGACGCUGGUUAAAAUAUGUCCAUCACCUCGUGUCAGGUCCAAGAACAGGACUCAGGAAGUUUCCUAAAACGUUUUCCUAAAAAUUACAACACAUAGAAUAACACCACCGCGUAU